AUGAUUAGUUUAACUACUACAGAUAAUAAUCAGAUUAGUGGUGUAAGUGAUACUGAUAAUAUUAGUAGUAAUAAUAAUAUUAAUAAUAUUAAUAAUAAUAAUAAUAAUAAUAACAAUAGUGACAAACCAUUAAAAGAAUCAAACAACAACAAUAAUAGAAACAAUAACAAUAAUAAUAGUAAAAAGAAAAAGAAAAGAAAUAAACCAGAGGUUCAAAAAUCACAAUCACAGCCACAACCAAUAGAUAAUAUUGUACCAAGUAGUCCAGAGAUGACAUUUUCAAAUAAAUUCGGUGUACUUGCAAACAGUGAUGAUGAUUUCAGUGGUAUUAACAACAAUAAUAAUAAUAAUAAUGGUGCUAUAUUAAACUUUAAUAAUAAUAAUAAUAAUCAACAAAUGUUUGAUCCAACUGAUAUAUAUGGUAAAGAUGCAAAGGUCGAAGUUACCAUAUUAACAGAAAAGAGAAAAGUAUGCACUGUCAAAGAGUUACAGCAUUAUCUGAUGUGGAUGAUGAGUGAUUUUCAACUUUCAAUGCCAACUUGGAUCUUCACAAGAAACAAACCGUUACUUGAUAAGCUUGUACUCGUGAACAUUCCGGGUGUCAUAGCAUAUAAAGAAACUGCUGCUGCUAACAACAAGAAUCAAAAAGUUCAUUUACAACCACCUUCACAUUAUAUUCUAACUGAAUAUGAAUUGAUUGAGAAUGGAUAUCCUCUGGCUAGAACAAAUGGAACGAUGGAGGGUUGGGUACAGUCUACAACCACCGAUGAGAAUACUGUUAGUUUGGUUGCAUCUGAUGGUAGUAAUGAUACUACAAUGACAAUAACUGCAACAACUACAACAACUACAACUACAACUACUACGGAAGUUAAUAACAACAAUGGAGAGUUUGAAAUGUAUGCUGUCGACUGUGAGAUGUGUAGAACAAUCGAAGGUUUGGAACUGACGAGAAUCAGUAUUGUCAAUGAGAAGAAGACUGUGAUUCUCGAUGAGUAUGUCAAACCAAAGAAUGAGAUUAUCGAUUAUCUGACACAGUACAGUGGUAUCACUGCCAAGACUCUGGCGACUGUCACAACAACGCUUGCCGAUAUCCAACAACGUUUGUUGACGCUGGUCAAGAAGAAUACAAUUCUGAUAGGUCAUUCGCUGGAGAACGACUUGAAAGCAAUGAAGUUCAUACACGAUCGUGUCAUCGACACCUCUGUUAUCUAUCCAACGGGAUCGACCGCCAAGUUCCCACUGCGUUACCUCACCAAGAAGUAUCUGUCGCGUGUCAUCCAAGCGAGUAGCGGCGGACACUCUUCGAUAGAGGAUGCCAACGCCGUCAUGGAUCUUGUCAAGCUAAAGAUUGCCAAAGGCAAGAACUUUGCCACAAAGAUGGAGAGCUACGACAGCUUCUUCAACCGACUGCACCACUACAAGAAGAAGUCAUCGUUUAUCGACACCAUCGAGGAGAUCAACCAAUACUCUACUACCGUAGUAUCUUGUUACAAGUGUGGAAACGACCAGCAAGUUACAGAGAAAGCAUCGAAGCAAGUAAGAGGUUCAUCUAAUUUCGUAUGUCUGCGAUUCAGCCAGAUUGCCGAGCACUACAAAUCACUCGAUAAAACCAUACAGAAACCAUUGGGUUUGAUAAGUUUAGAGAUGAAAUCAAAUGAAUUACAAACUACAACAACAACAACAUCAUCAUCAUCAGAUAAUGAUAAAGAUAGUGAAAAGAAUACAACUACUACUACUUCAACAACUACAACUACAACAACAACUAUUAAAGCUACAACUACAGAGAGUAAACCGGCUGUAGUUGAUGAAUCGAUAUUAAAAGAAUUGAAUGAAUGGGAUGGAAUACCAACUGACCAAAAAGUUUUCGAUCUUUUUGCCAACAUCGAUAAAUCAUUGACACAGAUUCAUGAGAACAUGACAAACAAUUCAAUGAUGGUAUUGGUAUUGGGACCAGGUCCAAACAAUGAUAUCAACAAAUUUAGAAACGACGGUAACAAACAAAAAGAUUAUCUUUUGGCAUUAGAAACUGCCAAAGAAGGUUUGGUAAUGAUAGGAAUUAAAUAA